CUCAGGCGGGUCAGCAGCUCGGAGUGUCGUAGAACGGAGCAGGCCUAUGUCCCAGGGUCAAAGUGCAUGUUCUUAUAUAGCGUGCUGAAAGUGGUCACAGACUUGAAUAGCUCUACAGCUCAUCCCCUCCUAAUAGUCAGCUUCAGCUUAUUAUAACAACAGGUGAGCCAGCUUGGAUGGACUGAGGUGGUACAUGGUCACUCUCCAAUAGCAACACCGACCUCACCAGCAAGCAGAGUGGACAGAUUUCGAGCCACUUUUGUACCAGAAUAAACCAACUUUAUUGAUAGAGAGACAUAUAGCUUGCCAAAAUGUAUAGAUUUUCAGCAGUCAUUCUGCUGGCAUCCGUGAUUUUACCCGGAGUGCUGGCUCAGGUUCCUACUGUGACCAUUGCCCAGACGAGCUUUGGUGCUCAAGUGUCCACCACGAUCUCCCUUGGCUGUACAGUUUCCUCUGUGUCAACGGUUACCAAUAUCUUCUGGCAACGUGAUAUUGGCUCAGGGACACAGACGAUCACCAUAGAUGGGGUGAACUUCUCAGGAUCAACUUUAUCAAGUCCAACACUAACAAUAAUUAAUGCUGACGUCUCAGACUCAGGAUCCUACACCUGCUUUGCUGUCAAUGCUGCAGGAACAGGAAGCAGUGUCACAGCCUCUGUCGUCGUUUCGUCAUCUGUGCCUUCUGUGACAGUCGGCCAAACUGCCUAUAGUACUACAACUGGCAACUCCAUCACAUUGCAGUGCACGGUGUCAUCAUCAGUAGCAAUAAGUAAUGUGUUCUGGCAGAGACUUGUCAACGGAGUGACCUCCACUCUGACCAUUGACAACAUCAAUUACUCCGGAUCAUCGGUCAGCUCUCCAUCCUUAACUGUCAUUAAUGCUGACUCUAAUGACUCUGGAUUAUACACCUGCUUUGCUACCAGCUCUAGUGGAACUGGACAGAGCUCUCAAACUCAACUGACAGUAUCUGGAGCUGUUCCAUCGGUAACCAUUUCACAACUUGCGUACAGUACUAACACAGGAAACAGUAUAACCCUGGGAUGUACCGUGUCUGCCAACCCCGCCCAUACCAACGUGUUCUGGCAGCGUAAUAUUGGUUCUGGCACACAGACCAUCACCAUUGAUGGUGUCAACUACUCCGGCUCUACGGUCAAUUCUCCGUCCCUGACCGUUCUCAACGCUAACACAGCUGACAGUGGUACCUACACCUGUUUCGCCACCAACUCUGUAGGAACUGGACAAAGUAGUGCUACCACACUGACAGUCUCAGGAA